CCUCCUCGGCUAAGGCCAGCCCCGGCAGCGCCCAUUCGGGGACGGGAGUCUGCGUGAACCGUCCCCCCGGGGCCCCCGCCCGGUCUCUCUCCCUCUCUCUGCGCCCGGCACUCCAGGCUAAUUCUCUCUCGCCUCACGCAGCACGCUCGCUUCUUGCCCAGCGCCAUGGCGGCGGCGGCGGCAACAGCAGCAGCAGCAGGCGAGCCUAGCAGCAGCGGCGGCCGAUACCAGCAGUUGCAGAAUGAGGAGGAGCCUUGUGAGAACCUGCAAAUUGUAAAUGAUUUCCCACCACCUUACAGCAGCAUUUCUGGGGAGAAUGCAGUGUAUUUUGAUUAUAAAGAUGAGGCUGGGUUUCCUAAUCCCCCGUCUUACAAUGUAGCCACAACCCUGCCUACUUACGAUGAAGCAGAGAGAACCAAGGCGGAAGCUACCAUACCUUUAGUUCCUGGGAGGGAGGAGGACUUUGUGGCACGGGAUGACUUUGACGAUACUGACCAGCUGAGGAUAGGAAAUGAUGGCAUUUUCAUGCUGACUUUCUUCAUGGCAUUCCUUUUCAACUGGAUUGGAUUCUUUCUCUCUUUCUGCCUGACUACCUCAGCAGCAGGAAGAUAUGGGGCCAUUUCUGGAUUUGGUCUGUCUCUCAUUAAGUGGAUCUUGAUUGUCAGGUUCUCCACCUAUUUCCCUGGCUACUUUGAUGGUCAGUACUGGUUGUGGUGGGUGUUCCUUGUGUUAGGCUUUCUCCUGUUCCUCAGAGGAUUUAUCAAUUAUGCAAAGGUUCGGAAGAUGCCAGAUACAUUUUCCACUCUUCCCAGGACUAGAGUUCUCUUUAUUUACUAAAGACUGAUGUUUUCUGGCAACAUUUUCCUGCAUUGAUGACUUCUCCCUUAAGUGGACACUUGCAGGAAAUAAAUCAAGACUCUCAACACAGAAGGAAAAAAAAUAAUCACCCGCUUUAAAAUGAAUAAAGUACUGUUGGAAAAAGAAGAAGCAUUUCUUUCUAUUUGUUUCUAGAUGUAAAAUUUUAAUAGUUUAAUGCAGAACUCCUGUAAUCAUUGAUUCAUUAGUGGCUAAUGUUUGAAACGGCUCUUGCAAUCAAGUCUGUGAUGUUACUAAUAAUGCCUUAUAUAGUAUUUGUAGUUCUUUAAAUAGCAUGAGCUAUUGCCCUGCAGCCAGAAGGGGUCAGUCUUGCUUUUUUUGUUCUCCUUAAAAUUGAACUUUGAAUAUGUUUUCUUAGUGUAAGAUAAGUAAUAAUGCUGGCCAUUGUGAAGGGGUGUUCUUGGAACUUUAGAAAUUUGUUUUGACUGUAUUUCUGCACAUAGUAUGUAUCUGUUGUUAAAAUAAAAUGAAAACAACCUGGAAAUAAAAUCUACAUGUACCAUGUGGAUGUUUUUAAGGCAUAGUAGUGAAAGAGCAUUAAGAAGCUGGUUACAAGUAUUAACUCUUGGUAGUAUGUAUUCAGUAUUUCUUACUGUUGUACUGCACACUUUUUGGGUAGGAACUCUCAUAGUAUAUGUUGGUGGUGUCAAAUUCAAAGAAUUUGAUAAUGUGCUGUAUAAAAUCAGAAAGCACCUAAAAUAAUUUGAUAAUGCAGUGCAUAAAAUCAGAAAGCACAUCACCAUUUGGGUUGACUUUAGAACUUGAAAUGGUUCCUAACAUAGCUGUACUCCUUGCUUUUCUAAUUUCUGGUGCAUUUAAAUACAGUAUAGAUUAAUGUGGACUUGUGUGAUUUCUGCAAAGCAGUAAUUCAGAGUUUUAUUAUGUUAAAACUGUAAAUAUAGCAGAAUGUUAAUAAAUGUCACUUAUAUUA